AACUUUCUAGAGAGAGAGAGAGAGAGAGUGAGUGAGAGCGCAUUGAAUGCAACUUCUUUGCGCACACACCCAACUUCUUUGUUCACUUCCUACAUUCUCUGAUUUUCUCACUCUUUUUAACCUUUGACAGUUUGACUGAUUGGCUUCCACUCUCUCACCACUCCCCUCUCUCUGGGUAUGCACUGCCUCUAAAAAAUCUCCGCUUCUCAAGUCCUUCAACGAUGGAUCCAAUACCUUCUGUAGAGUCUGUGGAAAAUGGGAUUUCUCAAAAGAAUGCAAAGAAGGUGUCAUGUUCCACAAUGCUUACGUUAGCUUAUCAGAGUCUUGGAGUAGUUUAUGGCAAUCUCAGUACCUCUCCUCUCUAUGUUUACAAAACCACUUUCUCCGGGAAACUGAGCCUCCACGAGGAUGAUGAGGAGAUAUAUGGCGUGCUUUCUUUUAUUUUCUGGACAUUUACUCUCAUUGCUCUCUUCAAGUAUAUCUUCAUUGUGAUGUCGGCCAAUGACAAUGGUGAAGGUGGUACCUUUGCAUUGUACUCGUUACUAUGUCGCCAUGCAAAACUUAGCAUUCUACCCAAUCAACAAGAUACAGAUGAGAAGCUGUCUGCAUAUGCCGUGGAAGGAUCAGCAGAAACAUGGCAGAGUUCUGUUCUGAAGUCGUUCUUUGAGAAGAACCCGAAGUGUUGUAAGGGUCUAUUGGUUUUUGUUUUGCUGGGAACAUGUAUGACAAUUGGUGACGGUAUACUCACUCCUGCAAUAUCAGUUCUUUCCGCAGUUUCAGGUGUUAAGCUUAAGUUCACAGGACUUCAUGAAAACUAUAUUGUCAUGAUCUCAUGUGUCAUUUUGGUGGGGCUUUUCUCUCUUCAGCAUCAUGGAACACAUAGAGUUGCUUUCAUAUUUGCUCCAAUAGUCACUGCAUGGCUUCUGUGCAUUGGUGGCAUCGGUAUAUAUAACGUAAUCAAGUGGAAUCCGCAUAUAUUUCAUGCACUAUCUCCAUUUUACAUGUUUAAGUUCCUCAGAAGCACAGGCAUUGAAGGUUGGGUGUCCUUAGGGGGAGUGGUUCUCUCAAUCACAGGCAUGGAGGCAAUGUUCGCUGCUUUGGGACAUUUUUCCACUUUGUCAAUUAAGAUAGCCUUCACUUUUCUCGUAUAUCCGUGUUUGGUUCUUGCAUAUUUGGGUGAGGCUGCAUUUCUUUCUAGACACCAUGAAGAUAUCCAGAGAAGUUUCUAUAAAGCGAUACCAGAACCAAUAUUCUGGCCGGUGUUCAUAGUGGCCACCUGUGCAGCUGUGAUAGGGAGCCAAGCUGUGAUAUCUGCCACCUUCUCCAUUAUAAGCCAGUGCUGUGCAUUGAAUUGUUUUCCCCGUGUGAAAAUUGUUCAUACUUCAAGCAAAAUAUAUGGGCAAAUAUAUAUUCCGGAGGUCAAUUGGACGUUAAUGUGCCUCUGUUUAGCUGUGACUUUCGGAUUAAGGGAUUCAAACAUGAUUGGACAUGCAUACGGACUCGCUGUUACUACCGUUAUGUUCGUGACAACUUGCUUAAUGGCAAUGGUAAUGAUAAUUGUGUGGAAGAAAGCCAUCGUCACAACCUUUGCCUUUCUAGUGUUUUUCGGAUUAGUGGAGCUUCUUUACCUCUCAGCAGCUUUAUAUAAAGUCCCUGAAGGUGGCUGGAUCCCGCUUGUGCUCUCCUUUAUAUUUAUGGCCAUAAUGUUCUUAUGGAACUACGGAACGUUGAAGAAACACCAGUUCGAUGUAGAAAACAAGGUUUCAAUGAACCGGAUACUGGCUUUAGGCCCUAGCCUUGGCAUGGUUAGGGUCCCUGGAAUUGGACUUGUUUGCUCUAAUCUGGUGACAGGAGUCCCAGCUGUUUUCGGACACUUUGUGACAAACUUACCCGCUUUCCAUCAUGUUGUGAUAUUUAUCUGUGUCAAAUCCGUGCAAGUUCCAUACGUGGAUGAGAAGGAACGGUUUCUCAUAAGCAGGGUGGGGCCAAAAGAGUAUGCCCUGUUCAGGUGCGUUGUUAGAUAUGGUUAUAAGGACUUGCAACAAGAGAACUAUGACUUUGAGGAUAAACUGGUAUACGCAAUCAUACAGUUUGUAGAGACAGAAGGAGGAGGUCAGAUGCCACCGGUUAUAGAAUCCUCUCCCAGCCUCACAUUGACACAUCCAAAUCACGAGGGAAGAUUUACUCGCUCUUUACCAGAUUUUAAUGUAACGGUUCUUGGGAAUGGGCAAUUGGAAGGUUCUUAUCUAAAGGACGAGUCUCUGGACAUAUUGAAGGCUAGGGAGUCUGGCAUUGCUUAUAUCCUCGGGCAUUCUCAUGCAAAGGCAAAGAAGCCUUCUUCGAUUUUCAAGAAGUUUGCGAUUGAUGUUGUCUAUGCAUUCCUGAGCAAAAACUGUAGGGAACCUGACGUUGCUAUGAGUGUGCCUCACACUUCUUUGCUGGAAGUUGGUAUGAUUUACUAUGUCUGACCUCUAUAGAGAUGUGGAUUCUAAUUUACCGUUCGCAGAAAUAUAGUUAGAGACUUAGAGUGAAUAGAAGAGAUAAGAGAAGGGAAGGCCUUAAACCAUUGAAAUGAUAGGUCAGUUUUUUUGUUUGAAUGCUAUCGGAAACGUAAGAUACUGAACAGAGCAAGAAGAAACCAAAAAUAACCCUGUUUAUAUGGUUCUUGUUCAUAACUACUAAUGAUCUGGUGGAAAUGAUGUUUUUCCUGGAGAAGUGUAUUCUGUUUCCAGCCAGAAA